CUCUCAUUUACAAGAUAUUUUUGUAACUUGACUAUGGAUUUAAUCUUAACGUUUGUAUUUAAAGUGGAUUGUGGACAAUAACAGCCAACAUAGUUCAACUUUAAUCAGUUUGAAGUUUAGUGCAUUGGUUACAAUAACUUAAAACUGUGUGUACUUUUAUGCGAAACAUUCUUGUUUGAUAAUACUUUCAUAAAAGAGGUCAUAAUAACAGUGAAUACAACACUUUAAAAUCAGAGGACAGUUCACAACACCCAUAGAAAAUGGCCUCUUCAGUUGAUUCAGUUCAUAAAAGAUCAGAUUUUAUGAAGGACUAUUUUUGUGAAGUUUGCGAAAGUAAAAAUGUCGAAGCAAGUGCUGAUGUUUUUUUGUGGAACAUGUUUGAAGUGUUUUUGCGAAAAAUGCCUUUAUUUUCAUGAUCAAAUAUAUGUUAACCAUUCGACAUAUGGAAGAGGAGAAACAAAUAAAUGGCCUUAUAACAAAGACUAUGAAUGAUUUGCUACUGAACUGUGAUGUUCACAACAACAAGAAACUGAAAAUGUUCUGCCAGGACCACAAUAAGCUUUGCUGCUCUGAUUUUGUUUUACUGAAUCACAGACAGUGUACCAAAUUGGCUCUAAUUUCUAAAUCAAUCAAAAAGCUGAUAAUUGAUAUGAAGCAGUUGUCAAAACAAAGUCAAAUAAAUCUUGCUGAACUAAAUAAGUUUUCAAGAACACAAGCAGCCAGCAUUCAGUCCGUGGAAGGAUCAUAUACUGAAAAACUACAUGAAAUAAGAGAACUGCGUAAGCAAUUAAAUGCUGCUUUGGAUGAACUAGAAAAUACAACUUUGAAAGAACUAGAUGAAAUAAGAUACAUAUUACAAACCACUCUUAAGGAAAAUGCUGACAACUGCAGCAGACUGAAGAAGGAACUGCAACAAAUCAGUAAAGAAGUGCAAGGCCUAUGUGAUGAGAGCAAUAAAGAACUUGAGUUCAUAGCCAGCAGGAAAUGUCUGAACAAAAUACAAGAGUCUGAGUCUUAUCUGAAGGAGAACCCAGUUAAGGUCCAGAGUCCAAUGAUAUUACAGGCAAACAUAGACAUUCAGCAAUACUUGUCAACACAGUCUAGUCUAGGGAGGAUUGUAUACAAUAUGCCGUCUCUCACACUUAAGAUGAUUCAAGACCAGGUGUUGACUGUGAAGAGGAAGUCCGAGUAUAAUGUGGAAAAAUCAGCCGACAAAGCUUGGACUUGCCUCAUCACAGGCAUUUGCAGAAUGCGUAGUGGUCAGGUCAUUGUUGUAGAUUACAAUAAUGAGAACGUGAAACUGUUGGAUCCCCAUUACAAUGUGUCCAGUCACUGUGAUGUGUUUGGUACUCCAUGUGACAUUUGCCAGAUCACAUCCAGUGAGGUGGCUGUGACUCUUUAUGAUGCCAGAGUGCAGUUUCUAUUUGGAGCAAUGGGCAGCUUGUGAAUGGAAGGAUGUUACAGUUACCACAUGAUGCUCUUGGCAUUGCUCACCAUCAGGGAGCAUUGUAUAUCACCGAUCGCACUACACUUUACCACUACACCCUGACUGGGACACUUGUGAAAAAGCUUUAUUCCUUAUACCUUAUACGUCUCCUAAAUAAACAACAAACACAACGAUAUAAAUUGAAAAUACAGCUUGUAUUUUGGUAUCUAUGCGUACGACCAGAUGAACGAAAAGUCGGGCAAAAAUAGCUAAAAAUUGAUUGACAAGUUUUCUAUAAACCAAACAAAAAUCAAACGUUUAUAAACCAAGUGAUUUAGAAACAAUCAGUCUAGAAUUCAUAUAAUCUUUCACAUAUCCAUCUUUUGCACUUUCACUAGUCCAGCGACCAUGUCUUUUAAACAGUCUAUCUCUUACACCGCUGUUUGCAGCAGAUGUAGCUCCGCCUGAUCUCAAAGAGUGCAAACCAAAGCUAGAAAUAUCUAACACAUGCGGUUGAUAAGCCUUAAUAAACUGCUCGCGUAAGCUUGUAUAA